CAGGGGCAGAGAAAAGAGCAGACCCUAAAGAACAUGCAAACUCCACACAGAAAGGGACCAGGUGGGAAGCGAUCCCAUGACCUUCUUGCUGUGAGGCAACAGUGCUAACCACUAAGUCACCGUAUUGGCAAGUAACAGAUUCCACUUGCUUGUAAUUGAAAAAAUAACGCAGUAACACAACCUGAACAUGAAUCUGCACCCUUAAAAUUGGGUGAAAACAUCAAACAUAAAAAGUAUUGUAAAGCCAACAAAUUCUCCCCAGUCGGACAUAAAAUCGGACAAAGUGAAAGUCUGUUCUUUCAUUUAUUGUAGUCAUCAAGCUAAAAUAACAAAAGCCUUUGAAUGCACAAGUAUUUAUGAACCAGUCUAAAACAGAAACGGAUGUAAACUCACUUGUAACAGAUAAGUUUGUAUUUGUGGCACACUGAUAACGUAAUGCAUCUGUCUGACCGCGUCUGUGUGUUCCAGAAAGUCAUGGGUCAAACAUCUGAGGCUGUGCUCAACACCUCCGACUGGCUCCGCCCCUGUGAUAACGGCUCCUGUCUGUCACACACAGCAGUGGCGUGCCCCUACACCACCACUCAGCUGAUCCUUAUUGUCAUGACAACCAUCUCCCUCGGCAUGAUCACCAUCAUGGGAAACAUGCAGGUAAUUUUGUCGAUCAUAGUAAACCGUCAACUACGAACAAUUAACAACUACUUUGUGUUGAGCUUGACGGUGGCUGACCUGAUCAUCGGUCUGGUUUCCAUGAAUCUGCAUACCCUCUACCUGGUCCAGCAUUACUGGCCGCUUGGCUCUAUAGCUUGUGAUCUGUGGCUUGUUCUGGAUUACGUAGUCAGUCACGUAUCGGUCUUGAACCUGCUGCUUAUCAGUUUAGACAGAUAAUUCUGUGUAACUCGUCUGCUCACCUACCCUGCUUUGCGCACUGGUAGAAUGGCCGGUCUGAUGAUCAGUGCUGCCUGUAUGCUCUCCUUCCUGCUUUGGGCGCCUGCCAUCCUCAGCUGGCAGAAUGUCAAUGGCAAACGUGUUGUUCCCAAAGGAGAGUGUUAUAUUCACUUGCUAGCCAGCCCUGCUGUAACCCUCGGGACCACGCUGCUCUCCUUUUACCUUCCAGCAUUUGUCAUGAUUGUCUUGUACAGCAGAGUAUCUGCUGCCAGUCGUGGUCGUCUGAGGUCAAAGCAAGAUUCUGUCACGAUGACAAGUCCAUCUGCACAAGAGUUCCUCUUGAAAAGAAAGAGCUGGGUUCCUAGUGAGCCAGCAAAAAAGACAGGCUCCAACUCUCUGAACCCAUCAGAGUCCAGCACAAAGUCUAGAACACCUCACAAAGCGUCCGGAGGUUCAGACAAGGCAUCUGAGCAGACAGAUGGAUCAGCGAUGACAUCUCCUGUACAGUGUCAUCUUCAGGUUCUUGCCCAACACAGGGAAGAGAGGAAGCCAAACAUUACUCCUAAAACAGAACUGGACUGUUCAUUCAACACUGAGCACCAGACAAAAACCUCAGCUGCUUUCUAUGGUGUUCCCAGCUUCAAGUCUCAGGAUAGCAAGAGGCAUCGUAUGGUGGCUCGUGAGAGGAGGGUUACUAAGACCAUUCUAACCAUUAUGUUGGCUUUCAUCUUUACCUGGACUCUGUACAACAUCAUGGCUGUUGUGGCUACUUUCUGUCACACCUGCAUCCCUCACACACUGUGGACCACAGGGUAUUGGCUCUGCUACGUCAACAGCACCAUCAUCCCUGGCUGCUACGCCCUCUGUAACACCACAUUCAGGAAAACCUUUUGCAGCCUGCUACGAUGCCACAGUACAAAACUACGGUGAUACCUGUGCCUGUUCAAAGUCCCGUCGGUGGUCCAGAGCCAGACUGACCUACAAUCCAAGUAAGACUUCACCAUAUGCCACAAGAUGUUUGAGGAAUGUGACAGAUUAUGUCUGAUUGCGGCUGU